AAGUUAGGAAAAAAGAGUUAAAAAAAGCCAUAAAUAUUCGCAGUCCUUUUUUCUCAGCCAGUGAACAACACAACACACAAAAACCCGAACAGAAAAGAAAAGGGAAAUAAAGUAAAACGAAAACAAAUCCACUCUGAAACUAGUCAGCAUCACACUCUUCGGUGUCGUUUCAUCCUUCUGCUACGCUCGCCGGAACCCUAAUUCGAUCCGCCGGAACUCGAAUCCACCGUAGAUGAGUUUACGAUUGGGGAAAAGGUGAGAUCAAAAGGAUUGGAUUUCCUCGCCGGAUGGAGGGAGGUAGCGUCUCUAGACUUAUUUGUACUGGGAUACACCCAUGGAUUAUGAUGACAAUGAUUUUCAAAGCCAGAAUCUCCAUUUAGCUGGUGAAGGGAGCACCAAAUUUCCUCCAGCAUUAAGGCCAUAUGCGCUCUCUAAGUUUGAUUUUGAUGAAAGCCUUCAAGGGAAUUUAAGAUUUGAUAGUUUGGUCGAAACUGAAGUUUUUCUUGGCAUUGAAAGUAACGAAGAUAACCAGUGGAUUGACGCAUUCUCCCGAGGGGGUAGUGGCAUAGAGUUUAGUUCAACUGCUGCUGAAUCUUGCCCCAUAUCAAGGCAUGGAAAUAUUUGGUCCGAGGCCACUUCCUCGGAAUCUGUUGAAAUGCUAUUGAAAUCUGUUGGACAGGAGGAGUUUAUUCCUAGACAAACUAUUAUUCAGGAAUCAGAUGCCUGUGAUGAACUGGCCUGCAUAACUAAGCAAAUGGACCCCCAUCCAAAACGUGACGAUAAAAAUGAAUUUAAAGACAAUGUUACAGAUUUACAGCCUCCUGGAGGUAGUCAUGGGAAUUUGCCUGGAUUGAAGGAGGAUGUAAGAAUGGAGCAGCCUCUGGAUGGAGUUUCUGAAAGUCAUGAAGUUGGACCAUCUAUCGGCGGAAGUUUGGGUAACCUGGAACCAAGUGAUAUUCACAGAAAUAUUGACUUACCUGUUUCCGAUGGGAAUCCAACUAUCUAUAAUGAUAACAGGAGUAAUACUACAAUUCUAACUGAAGCUGAGACUGCUGCUGACAUCUUGCACAGUGACAAAACCCAAGUUGAUUCAUCUGUAUCUGGGGUGCAAACUCAUGCUACUGAAGCAUCUAUUCAAAGUGUGGUUGAUGAGCAACAAGGUGCUUUACAAACACCAAUUAAUAAACAAGACUUGGAUGGAAUCACGGAUAUGGGUGAUGCUCAUCAUCCCGAGGUAUCUCUCUGUUCAAUUGCCACAACAGGCGCUUUGGAAGGUGGAAGUGUAAUUGAAGCCCUUGAGAAGGGGGUAAAUAUUGUAGAAGAUUCGUUACAGAAAGAGGAAAGAUGCACUGAAGAUGAUCUGUCUCGAAACCAUGCAAGAGAAGAUGUAGUUGUCCUGAAGGAUGAGUUGAUGCCUGAUCAAUCUGCACUAGCUACGCAGGAGUUGCCAAAGGUUUCAGAAGAGGAUUCUACUUCUAAGGGACCAGGAGGUGAGGCCACUUGUGAGAUUUCUCCUAAUCUCAAGCAUAAUGUGGAUGUUGUGGAGAAGACAGAUUUUGGUGAGUGCAGUGUCACUAAGGAAAAUAAGUUAUUGAACACUGGUGGCCACAUGGAUACAGAGAUGUUAUCAAGGAAGCCAGAGAAUUUUGUUUCUUCAGAGGGGGUAAAUGACAUUUCUAAAGUAAGUGAAGGAGUUUUGGGUGACCCAGCUCAAAUAUGUCAGAACAGUGAACCUGACAGCCAAGCUAACCAUGAAAAAUUUGAUCAAGACACAUCUGUCAAUGACAAAGAGAGUAAGACCCCUUCUGAGUCUGGUCCAAACCAUAGUGAUAUUGACCAAUCACAUCCUGUAGAUAAGAGAGGUGGUUUGUCAUUGCCAGGCGAAGGCAUUGUGCAAACUGGGUUGACAACAGUUGCUGUGCCAAUUAAUGUCACACCGGUCAACAAUUCAGCUUCACAGGUUAUUGUGGAAAAUGUUAGUUCAACAUCCUGUGAAAUAGUUCCACCUCCUUCUGAACAAGUUGUUUCCUCUCAUGAAGCUACUAGUCACAAUGAUUUUCAAAGCAUAACUGUUCCUGGGCCUGCUGUUGAUGAAAAGGAAGAGUCUGCGUCCAAAUUACCUGAAGAAGCUGGAACUUCUGCCCCUGUUGACUCUUCUGAAAGGGAUACUGCUCCUUGUACUAUUUCUGGAGCUGAUAAACAUCAUUCAUCUGAUGCUUCUAGACAAGUGUCAUGUGAGACAGUAAUCGACUGUCUGCAUAACGUUGAAGGGACCAUAAACUGGGAGAUGGUGUCAAAUUUCCUUUUAGUAAGGAUGACAAAGGGAAUGCACAGAACAAUGAUGCCAAGUCAUCUUCAGGUGAUGACAUUGUACCAGGAAACAAAACUUCCUUAUCUUCUGCUCCUUCACAUAACUCUUGUGUUGAGUUGCAAAGCUUUCCUGCUAAUAAUUCCCGCCCUCCCAUUAGUACAGUUGGAAGCCCUUCUAAGACUGAUAAGGAUAAGAACCAAAUUAAGGUUUCUGCUAGUCAGAAUCCCCCAACUUCUCAGGAUCUGAAGGGAAAAUGCUUCCAAAGCUGAGAGCAGUUUGACUCCAAAAUUACAUCCUGCGAUUGAUUCGUCCAUAAAAAAUGUCAUGGAUGUGAACCAAGAAGAUAUUGGCAAGAGUCAACCAGUUCCAGUUCCUGUUAUUGCAGACAAGAAAACAUCUACUGCUGUGGAUGGUUCUCCUAAAACUUCUGGGCGACGACGUGCUUCAAAAUCCAAAAUUUCUGGAAAUAUAUCCCAUGAAAGCCCACAAAUACUGGAUGGAGUGGCAGCACACAGUGUUCCAAAAUCUACCCCUGAACGCAAACCUAGGCGGACAUCUAAUAAGAAACCUGGAAAGGAAUCUUCUACAAAAGGAAGUCGGGUGAAAGAUACAACUCUAGGUAGACAGUCGGAUAGAGGUGAUAAAUCAACCAAUGUCUCCUUGAGCCCAUCUCCUGGUUUCCAGCUGAUGCAAUCAAACGAGGUGCAGCAGUAUGGGCACAUUGAUCCCAAUAGCUCAAAGCCAUUUGCUCUUGUAAAUCCUUCAACAUCUAGCCUUCCAGAUUUGAACACUUCUGCUUCUCCACCUGUUCUGUUUCAACAACCUUUCACAGAUCUACAACAAGUACAAUUGCGUGCCCAAAUAUUUGUCUAUGGAGCUUUGAUUCAAGGCACAGCACCUGAUGAACCGUAUAUGAUAUCAGCUUUUGGGGGACCAGGUAAUUUUUUUGUUUGUUAUGAUCUUGUUGCAUCUCCUUUUUAUGGUCAAAAAUCUCAUCCUGUUAACCCGGAAACACCUUUACAAUCUAAAUCUGGUGCCAGAACUGCUGAUUCAGCUGUUAAGCAGAGUACUGCUCCAGGAAAAGGUAUCUCAUCUCCACUUGGUCGAGGCAGCAGCAAGGCUACUCCAACAACUGUGAACCCCUUAGUACCUUUUUCAUCUCCCCUUUGGAAUCUGCCUACUCCUUCUUGUGAUUCCGUGCAACCUAAUGCCCUUGGAAGAGGUUCUGUUGUGGAUUAUUCACAGGCACUUCCUUCAUUGCAUCCUUACCAAACUCCACCUCUGAGAAAUUUUCUUGGACACAACACAUCUUGGAUAUCCCAGGCCUCCAUUCGUGGACCCUAUAUUCCUUCUGGCUCUCCUGCACCUGAUAACAGUGCCCAUGUUUCUGCAUCUCCUUUCUCAGAUACAAUUAAGUUAAGUUCAGCUAAAGGACCUUCUCUGCCUCCCACAUCUGUCAUAAAGAGUGGUACUCCUGGUCUUCCUGAAUCGAGUACUAGUAUUCCAAGUACUACAAUAGGUUCUGUUUCUGCACUUGAUGCAAACAAUGCGACAGUAUCACUUCCUCAACAGUCUUCAGAUCCAAAGCCAAGAAAAAGAAAAAAGAUUACGGUGUCAGAGGAUUUUGGUCAAAAAACUUUGCAGUCACCACCUCCUGUUGUUACUACUUAUGUAUCUACUUCUGUGGCCGUUGCAACCCCUGUUGUGACUCUGCCCAUAACUACCGGUGAAAAAUCAGUUGUCUCUGUACCUCCACUUGCUGAACGCCUCAAAAUUGACCAAAAUGUGGAGAAGCGGAUUCUGUCAGAUGAGUCUCUUAUGAAAGUUAAGGAGGCCAAACUACAUGCAGAGGAAGCUUCUGCCCUUUCUGCUGCUGCUGUGAAUCAUAGCCUAGAGAUAUGGACCCAGUUGGAUAAGCAUAAGAAUUCUGGGUUGAUGCCAGACAUUGAGGCUAAACUAGCUUCUGCAGCAGUUGCUGUUGCUGCUGCUGCAGCUGUUGCAAAGGCAGCGGCUGCAGCUGCUAAUGUUGCAUCAAAUGCUGCAGUUCAAGCAAAAUUGAUGGCGGAUGAAGCAUUGAUCUCAUGUGCCUCUGAUAAUUCCAGCCAAUUUAAUAAAAUAUCUCUUUCUGAGGCUACAAGUAACUUUGGACAAGCUAGCCCUGCUUCCAUCUUGAAGGGUGCUAAUGGAACCAAUAGCCCUGGUUCUAUCAUUGUUGCUGCAAAGGAAGCUGCUAGAAGGAGAGUGGAAGCUGCUUCAGCUGCCUCAAAAAGAGCUGAAAAUAUGGAUGCCAUUGUGAAGGCUGCUGAGCUUGCAGCAGAAGCAGUAUCCCAAGCAGGAAAGAUUGUAACUAUGGGUGAUCCUUUGCCAUUAAGUGACUUAGUGGAUGCUGGUCCAGAGGGUUAUUGGAAAUCAGCUGGAGAGUCUUCUCAGCAUGUUGGAUUAUCAAAAGACAUGACCAGAGAUCUGGUCAGCAUUGACAAUGUUGGAGACAUUCCUGAAACUUUUAAUACUCAUAACAGAGACAUUUCAUUGGUUGGCAUUUCAUCUUCUAUCAAUGAAAAGAAUUCAAGAGGGCCAAGAGGCCGCAAGGUUACAGAGUUAACCAAGCCAGUUGAUGUGGUUCCUGAAUCUGAACCUCAAAUACAGAUUUCUAACACUGUUAGCGAUGGAAAUGAAACUGUGGAGGGCAAUAACUUCAAGGAAGGCUCUCUUAUAGAGGUUUUCAAAGAUGAGGAAGGAUAUAAAGCAGCAUGGUUCACAGCCAAUAUUUUGAGUUUGAAAGAUGGUAAAGCUUAUGUCGGAUACACUUCGCUUGUAGCUGUUGAAGGUGCCGGGCCCUUGAAGGAAUGGGUUUCUCUCGAAGCUGAAGGCGACAAACCCCCCAGAAUACGGGCUGCUCGUCCUCUCACUAGUUUACAUUAUGAAGGUACUAGGAAGAGACGUAGGGCAGCUUUGGGAGAUUAUGCAUGGUCAGUUGGGGAUAAAGUAGAUGCUUGGGUACAAGAAAGCUGGUGGGAAGGAGUAAUCACGGAAAAGAACAAGAAAGAUGAAAAAACGUUCACCGUUCACUUUCCUGCUAGUGGAGAAACAACAGUUGUCAGAGCUUGGCAUCUACGUCCAUCCCUUAUCUGGAAAGAAGGAAAAUGGAUCGAGUCUUCUAAGGUGGUAGCAACUAUUAGUUCUACACAAGAGGGUGAUACGCCUAAUGAAAAAAGACCUAAACUCAGUAAUCCUGCAGAUGUUAAUGGACAAGAUAAUAUGUCAAAGAAUAUUGAUGCUACGGAGUCAUCAAAUUCUGAUGGGUUGAGAUUACUUAAUUUGACUGAAAAUGAGAAAGUAUUUAACAUAGGUAACAGCAGCAAGAAUGAAAAUAAAUUGGAUACACACAGAACUGCAAGGACUGGUCUUCAGAAAGAAGGUUCUAAAGUGAUUUUUGGUGUUCCUAAACCUGGGAAGAAAAGGAAAUUUAUGGAAGUGAGUAAGCACUAUGUUGCACAAGAGAGUAAAAUUAGUGAUAAAAAUGAUUCGGUUAAACUUGCAAAUUUCUUGAUGCCACCUCAAAGUUCAGGACCCCGAGGGUGGAAAAAUAGUUCCAAAAAUGAUACCAGAGAGAGACUAGGAGCCGACUCCAAGCCCAAGACUUCAAGGUCAGGGAGACCACAUAGUGCAUUUGGUAGAGCAAUCCCACCAAAAGACAAUCCAUCAAGUGCUUCUUCUCUUAGCAGUGAUCUACCAGGUCACACAGAAAGGAUCAAAGAUUCAACUCAUUUCAAGAAUGCAUCCCAGGGUGAAAAUCAAUUGGAAAAAGCACCCUACACUACGGAUGGAGCUACACAGGGUCCAAUAUUAUUUUCAUCACUGGCAACUUCAACAGAUGCUGUUCCCGCUAAAAAGACAUCCACAUCAAGAGCGAGUAAAGGAAAACUUGCACCUGCUGGUGGCAAGUUGGGCAAGGGUGAGACCGAAAAGCCUUCAAAUGACCCCAUUAAAUCAACUUCUGAUGCCAUUGAGCAGCCUCGUAGAUCCAAUCGCAGGAUCCAACCAACGUCAAGACUAUUAGAAGGAUUGCAGAGCUCUUUAAUCAUAUCAAAGAUUCCGUCGGUUUCACAUAAUCGUAAUGCCUCUAAAGGUAAUAACUAGGGUUGAAAGGGAAAAAACAUGCAAUGACGCGAAUCUCAGUUAAAAUGGCGACCCGUGAUAAGAUGAUGGACACACCCAGCAUAGAUGUGUAUAUUUAUAAUAGGAAUUUAGGAAUGAAUGAAAAUUAUUGCUUCCUUUGAAACUUUAGGCAGACUAGUCUAAUAGAUGGUCAUAUUGAUUUUUAGUCUUAUAUUUAAGUAUGACUUGAUCCCCCUCCAAGUUUUCUGGCACUGUAUAUGGAAUUUCUCCGUACUCGUCUGUAGAGGUUUUAUGAUGGAAUGAUAACGUGUUCUGCGCAGUAA